AUGUUUGGCAUGCCGGUGCGCAUGACCAUGGAUGGGGGACCACAGUUCAAGGGAAUUGAGUUUUCGGACUUCUGCAAGAAGUGGGGUCUCUACCACAACUCGUCUUCCCCAUAUCAUCACGUCGCCAAUGGCUACGCAGAAGCAGCCGUGAAGGGCAUGAAAAGCCUCGUCAAGAAAGCAGCAGGAGGAAACACCAAGAAUAUUGACUUCCUGAAAGGACUCAUUGCUUUCCGUAACACUCCAAGGAGCAAUGUACUGAGCCCAGCAAUGCAAUUGUUUGGAAGAGCCAUGAGGCCCCCCCUGCCUGCUCAUCCGCUCACCUUCAACAAGGUGGAUCAGUGGAGGUUGCGCAAAGGAGAUCUCAAGGCUGCAAAGCUACGCUACCAGGCCAAGGACAGGUAUGACUCGGGGGCAUUGGAGUUGCCCAAGCUAAAGAUCGGAGACGUCGUGCGAGUGCAGCACGACACUCAAAAGAGGUGGGAUCUUGUGAGCGAGAUUGUUGGGAUUGACAAGCGCGGCUGCAGCUACUACGUUUGCACUGAGACGGGCAAACUCUACUGGAGGAACCGACGGUACCUGAGACCUUUCAUUGCACCUAAGUAG